UAUUCAGUUAGUUUGCAUCAACUAAACCUGUCACCGGUCAGUUUACCCUAUCGAUAAUAUUCCUUCACCUUUGCUAUGCAGAUAGCAAACACAUUAUAAAACUUCUGAGUUUCGACGAUAGUUACGAGUGGAAUCUGCAGCGUGAAAGAUGAUGCAGAUGAAUUUAGUAGUUUUGUUGGCGAGUGCUGCCUUGGUUAGUGGCUAUGGAGUUACGAGUAAGUUGCACGGCGGGUAUUACCGAGUCCCAGCUAACGCCGGGACUGUGCUGAUGAAAGACGUCGCGAAGCCCUACCAGCUGGACAUCGACCGCGACACCAACACCUUGUUCUUCAGCUACUCCGUCUACGAACAACACCGGCGCGAAGGAGAUGACAACGUCUUCCGCUCUGCUUACGUUAACUUAAAAGACGGCACUUCAGGCACCAUCCCCGGCGUCCACAAUGGCUUCGCCAACGCUUACGACACCCAACAAAAAAUUGUUUACAUCGGUGGCGACACAGGUGUCCACAAAUUCGAUUACCGUACCAAAACAGCCACAAACUUGAACAUCACGGAAAGCAACAUCUGGCAGAUGUUUUACAAAAACGGCCUCUAUUUCACCACCUAUCCUGACCAGAAAGCGUUCGUUUACAAAAAUGAGAGGCUUAGACUCGUGCCGGAACUGAUGGACGUAAAGGCAACGCUGGUGGCCCUGGAAAAGGAUGAUAGUAUAGUUUACUCUUUGGAUGGGGACCUGAGGCGGACUUCGGAGGGGCGGGUCUACGAGCUGGGCUCGUACAAUGUGAAUGGUUUCAACACUGACGUCAACGGUGACUUGUACUUCUCGACAUCGGAUGCUAUUUACCAGGUUAACGGGAAUGCUGUGCAGAAGUUCGCUGCGUUUCCCGACAUCUAUGGGUUUGCUUUCGAGGGGGACAAGCAGAUCAUCUACGGAACAGAGAACAGUGUGAUGCGCCUGACCCUGACCUCAGACAUGUUCGGCGAUGAUAAUAAAACUAAAGACGAGGAAUCGAACAACGUUCCACAAUAAAUU